GGCGGCCCGCAGCUGGCGGCGGGGCCCCGGCGCCCGCUCUGCCCGCCCCCUCCCUGCCGCCCCGCCCGCGCCGCCGCGCCGGCCGCUGUCAGAGGCGCGUUGUAUGCUGAGCAGCUGUCGUCGCCUGCUGCCGUACGUCCUGGUCCCGAGCUGCCCGCCGCUGACCCGCGGACUGUGGCUCUUCCCUCUCCACCUCAUGAAGCCGUUGGUCGUGUUCGUUUUGGGCGGGCCCGGUGCGGGCAAGGGGACCCAGUGCGCGCGCAUUGUCGAGAAAUAUGGCUACACACACCUUUCUGCAGGAGAGCUUCUUCGUGAUGAAAGGAAGAAUCCAGACUCACAGUAUGGUGAACUUAUUGAAAAGUACAUUAAAGAAGGAAAGAUUGUACCAGUUGAGAUAACCAUCAGUUUAUUAAAGAGGGAAAUGGACCAAACAAUGGCUGCCAAUGCUCAGAAGAAUAAAUUCUUGAUUGAUGGAUUUCCAAGAAAUCAAGACAACCUUCAAGGUUGGAACAAAACCAUGGAUGGAAAAGCGGAUGUAUCUUUUGUUCUGUUUUUUGACUGUAAUAAUGAGAUCUGUAUUGAACGAUGUCUUGAAAGGGGAAAAAGUAGUGGUAGGAGUGACGACAACAGAGAGAGCUUGGAAAAGAGAAUUCAGACCUACCUUGAAUCAACAAAACCAAUUAUUGACUUAUAUGAAGAAAUGGGGAAAGUCAAGAAGAUAGAUGCUUCUAAGUCUGUUGAUGAAGUUUUUGGUGAAGUUGUGAAGAUUUUUGACAAAGAAGGCUAACUAACCCUGAAGACAUCUUUGAAAUCAUGCUUGAAUAUUGCUUUGAUAGCUGCUAUCACAGCCCCUUUUAAGGCAGUUUUAACCUUUCAAAAUUACAUCUCAAUUAAUGUCUAGAAAUAUAUAGUAAGACAAAUUAAAUUAUGUGUUUUUUUAAAUUUGUGGUCACAGUACACAGUGAAUUCAGGUUUAAAUCAUUUUAGGUAUUAUGGUGCUCACAAAAUGAAGAAGGGUAUCAGCUAAUUCUUGUUUGUGUUAAAGACUACCCCUUUUAUCCCUUUUAUGUCUGUGCCUUCAGUGAGCUAAUUUUUUUUUAGUAUGCAUGUAUAUCCCUUUUGUAAUUGCAGUGUGUUGGGAUUUGGGAUUUCCACUUCCUCUUGCUGCACAUUUAAAAUUUUCAACCUGCUAAGUGAAUUUGUGGACCAAAUUUAAAGGAACUUUAUGUGUAGCUGGCUCUUGCUCAAGGUGUUUAGUAAACAUACUCAUAAAAUGAACUCUUAGCAAUGCUCUAUUUAUCAGAUGACUGACCAUUUCCUGUUGAAAGUUAAAACUUAGAGACUGAUUUAUUACAGCUUGUGCAACGUUGUGUGAUAGGGCAUAGUCUUUGCUUCCAAGGUUUGAGUCGGGGACGGGGCUUCAGAGCCUGGGCAGGAUUGUCAGCUUUCUGCUGACAUAGUCUGUGGGGCAAGGGUCACAAGUAGUGACUCGUAUUCCUGUGCCCUGUGACACAGGACUAGUCAUCAUAAACUGAUGUAACAAGAGUUCCUACCAGUAGACCCUUGACACGCAUUCACUAGUUUAUGGUAAUUUGAUUCAGUUCUUAUUUUAAUAAUAGUUCAAAGUUUUUUUGUUUUGUUUUCUUAGACUAAAUAUAGAGUUAGAGUAAAUUAGAUAAAGCAAUCUAAUGGUUAAAAUUCCCAUUUGUAUUUUAUUUUCUGGAAUAUGUUUUUCAUGGUUACUUGUUUUAAAAGAUUUUAAAAAUCAUUGCACUUUGGUCAGAAAAAACAAUAAAUAUAUCUUAUAAAUGUUUGAUUCCCUUACUGCUUGCUUUUUCAAUAAAGUUUGAAGUCCAA